AUGGCUGAAGAGCACGAUGUUACCUUCGAGUCCGCCGACGCUGGCGCGUCUCUGACCUUCCCCAUGCAGUGCUCUGCUCUGCGCAAGAACGGCUUCGUUGUCAUCAAGGGCCGCCCCUGCAAGAUUGUCGAUAUGUCCACCUCCAAGACUGGCAAGCACGGUCACGCCAAGGUCCAUCUUGUCGCCCUCGAUAUCUUCACUGGCAAGAAGUACGAAGAUCUCUCCCCCUCCACCCACAACAUGGAUGUCCCCAACGUCACCCGACGUGAGUACCAGUUGCUCGACAUCUCUGAUGAUGGUUUCCUCUCCCUCAUGAACGACGACGGUGACACCAAGGACGACGUUAAGAUGCCCGAUGGUGAGAUUGGUGAGAAGAUCAACAAGCUCUUCAAGGUCGAUGAGAAGGACACCAACGUUAUCAUCCUUACCUCCAUGGGUGAGGAAGCUGCCGUUGAAGCCAAGGAGGCCCCCAAGCAGUAA